AUGAAUAAGUAUACUCUAUAAUUUAAAGAUGCUACAAUUGAAAAAAAAUAUAGAUAAUAAUCUGCAGAUAGUGUUUAAAUACCAACAUUUACUUUUUGUGCUUAUUCAUCAAUUCUAUACUUUAUGGUUUCCUUAGCAAUUUAAAUAAUUGAGUAGGAUGUUACUAAAAUUAUUGUAAGAGUAAUUGAAAUUGUAUUACUUAUUGGUACUUUACUUAUAGUCAACAGAAAUAAAGGCAAAGUUAAUAUAGGACUCUUUUCUGUUAAUAUAUUGAUUGCUUUAUUUGAGUUUGAGACAGAUGAUUCUUAUGAUAGAUUAAAUUAUUACCUUUAUGGAUGUAAUACAAUGCUUGUUCAUACCAUAAUCAUAUUCACUCAAAGUUUUAAUUAUGCAGUAAUAUCAAACUUUGUUAUGUUAGUGAUAAGAUUAUCUGUCACUGGUCUUUAUACUUAAAUCAUCUAUAUUUAAUUAGUUAUUGCAAUUCUAACAACUUUUGGGUUUAUCUUCAUUUUAUAUCAAUCAGAGAAAUUUUAAAGAUCUUCAUUUUUGAUGACUUUAAAAGAUAAUUCAUGGGGUAAAAUACAAAAUCAUUAUUUUAGAAAUUAUGUUACCAUCUAUAUUGACUAAACCAUUUCUUGUGUUUAAUUUUGACAAUGAUACAUUCUCAUAUUAAUUAAAAAUGAUAAACAAACUGGGAUUUCCUUUUGAAGAUACAAAUGCUUUACAUUCAUUUUUAAAAGAAGCUAAAUAUGGAAAGAAAACAUUAUAAGAGCAUAUAUAUUUCACAAUAAUAUCUUGCAAUCCCUAAUAGUUUUAACCUUUUGUCUAAGAACUAAAAAUAGUAUUUAAAAAGAAAUAAAUAUAAUUGUUGCUUUCAGGUUGUUAUUUAGGACAACCAAAUUUUAUAAUUGUUUUAUAAUCUGAAGAUAAGGAUAUAAAGUAAAUGUAAUAAUAAUUCAAAUAAUAACAUUAAAUAUAUUUGAAAUAUUUUGUAAAUCACAUUAGAUAAACAUGCAAAUAUUUAAAAAUGAUUGUAGAACAUAAUCAUAUACAUUAAGCAAUUAAAUUAUUAAUUUCACAUAAACAAAGUUUAUUAUUUGAACAUUAUAAAUUUGAACAAUAGAAAAAUAUCUCUCCACACAAAAUAAUAGAUAAAUUAGUCAAUUAUUUUAAAAGUAUUAAUUAUAAAAUUAAAUUCACAAAUACUAAAUUUGAUGAUAUAUAUACCAUCAAACCUUGCUUUUUAAACUUUUUAUAUGAAAUAUUCAAAAAUUUGGAUAGAAAUUAACAUUAUCAUUUAAAAUCUUUUUCAUCAAAUAAUCAAUACAUUAUUUCUUUAAAAGGAUUAUAAGAAUAUCCUAAAUCUAAUCUAUUCUAGUUUUGUACAAAAUGUCUAAUAGAGUAAACAAUUUAAAUUGAUAAUUGUAUUUAAAAAUUUAAUUUAAUUAGGUAUUCAAUUUAUAUUUUUGGAAAUUCCAAUGAUCUCAUAUUAUAAUUCAAAUAUGAGAACAUAAGAUGAUCCCUAUGAAUGA